AUGGGGACCCCGCGGGGGCCCUGGCCGCUCGUCUGGGCCGUGCUGCAGCUGGGCUGGUGGCCAGGAUGGCUCCUAGACUCCCCCGACAGGCCCUGGAGCCCGCUCACCUUCUCCCCGGCGCAGCUCACGGUGCAGGAGGGAGAGAACGCCACGUUCACCUGCAGCCUGGCCGACAUCCCCGACAGCUUCGUGCUCAACUGGUACCGCCUGAGCCCCCGCAACCAGACGGACAAGCUGGCCGCCUUCCAGGAGGACCGCAUCGAGCCGAGCCGGGACAGGCGCUUCCGUGUCACGCGGCUGCCCAGUGGGCGGGACUUCCACAUGAGCAUCGUCGCCGCGCGCCUCAACGACAGCGGCAUCUACCUGUGCGGGGCCAUCUACCUGCCCCCCAACACACAGAUCAACGAGAGUCCCCGCGCAGAGCUCUCCGUGACGGAGAGAACCCUGGAGCCCCCCACACAGAGCCCCAGCCCCCCACCCAGAUUCAGCGGCCAGUUACAGGGGCUGGUCAUCGGCGUCACGAGCGUGCUGGUGGGUGUCCUGCUACUGCUGCUGCUGACCUGGGUCCUGGCCGCUGUCUUCCCCAGGGCCACCCGAGGUGCCUGUGUGUGCGGGAGCGAGGACGAGCCUCUGAAGGAGGGCCCCGAUGCAGCGCCCGUCUUCACCGUGGACUACGGGGAGCUGGACUUCCAGUGGCGAGAGAAGACGCCGGAGCCCCCGGCGCCCUGUGCCCCGGAGCAGACCGAGUAUGCCACCAUCGUCUUCCCGGGCAGGCCGGCGUCCCCGGGCCACAGGGCCUCGGCCAGCAGCCCGCAGGGAGCCCAGCCUCCGAGCCCCGAGGAUGGACCCGGCCCGUGGCCCCUCUGA